AUGAAAUUGUUUUUAUUUGUGUUGGCUUCGUUGUAUUAUUGCAACGUUUCGGCCAAAGAAUCUUCAGUUUACGAUUUUACCGUCAAAGAUAUCCAAGGCAAUGAUGUUAAGCUGGACAAGUACAAAGGAAAAGUUUUGUUGAUUGUUAAUGUUGCCUCAAAUUGUGGUUUAACAGAAACCAAUUACAAACAACUAAAUGAGUUGUACGACAAGUACCAGGAAAAGGGCUUGAGGAUUUUGGCCUUCCCUAGUAAUCAGUUUAUGAACCAGGAACCUGGAACCAAUGAGGAAAUAGCUGAGUUUGCCAAAAAUCACAACGUCAAGUUUGAUAUGUUUAGCAAAGUGGAAGUUAAUGGAGACAAUGCUGAUCCUUUCUACAAAUAUUUGAAAAUGAAACACGCUGGUACUACUAAUAAAGAUGGAGCGAUUGAAUGGAACUUUGCUAAGUUUAUUGUUGAUAAAAAUGGACAAGUCGUGGAGCGUCACAUGCCUAAAAAGGAGCCUAAGGAGUUGAUGGAAGUGAUUGAAAAAUAUUUGUAG